CAUUUCAUCGUUCACAUCAUGUCGGAUCAUAACUCCCCACUUUGUAAUUCAUCACAUUUGAGACUUAUCAUUAACGCUGAUGAUGUCGGUUAUAGCCAGAUCAGAGACGAAGGUAUUGCCGAAUGCAUAGACGCCGGCUCAGUCACCAGCUGCUCUUUAUUGGUGAACGGUGUCUCUGCUAAGUCUAUUAUUAUAGCAAGGUGCUCCAAAGUAUCACUCGGACUUCAUCUCAACUUAACAGAAGGUUGUCCUAUUGGGUCCUCAUACGAUACCCUGACAAAUGAAGAAGGAUUCUUUCGAGGCAAAUUUGGAUUUCGAGAAGCCAUUGCCAAUGGAAAAAUUGAUUCGGAGGAGAUUUCUGAGGAGAUUGAUCACCAAAUCAGAACAUUCUGGAAGCUUACUGGCCAGAAACCGACCCAUAUUGACGGACAUCAACAUAUCCACGUAAUCCCAGCUGUAAUGAAGAUUUUGGCCCCUCAAAUGGUUUCAAAUGCCAUAGACAUAACAAGAAUCCCUCAUGAACGACAACUAAACUCAUGUCACUGGUUAUCACAGACAUCUAGAAGCUUUUUUGAAAGUGUAAUUGAUGAUGCCCUUGUAUCUAAAGACAUCUGCUUGAAAAAUGGUAUUCAUUUUUCAGAUGCAUUUCUUGGUCUGAGUACCAUGGGAACCAAUAUGAGUAUCAGAAACCUCCAGGAAAGAAUUUGCACGGUGUUGGCUAUGUGGAAGGAAAAACAGCCAAAGAAUGCUGGAAGCACCACCGUGAUGCCAUGGUUAUGUGAGUUGAUGGUACAUCCUGGUUAUGUCACUGGCAACAUUGGAGGCUGUGGGAUAGGUCCUGACGAAUUUUCUCAGUCAAAUGAACGACAACAUGAAAUGGAAAUUCUAAAAGAGAUGGCAUUAAUGAAUUUUUACCAAAAACAUAGCAUAGAACUGACAUCUUUUAAAACCCUUUUUUAAUAAUAAUAAUGAUAAUGAUUCAUUUUAUUUUUUAUUGCCAACAGGGUUCGUUCAUCUGUACAAAAAAAAUGUAGAAUGUACAAAGUUUUAUAAAACCAAGGGAUGGGGCAAAGACAUAAAAUAUACAAAAA